UAUACAUACACUGAUAUACACAACUUCGUCUUCAACGAGGGUUUGACGCUCAAACACACAGACCCAGACUUCGUGGCUUUAAGGUAAAAUCAUUUUUCUACUUUUAAGUUUUUCUUCUUUGUGAUGUAUCGAUGCUAGUUGAUUACAAGUAGAACUUACUUUAAAUUAGGGUUUGUUUUGGGAUUGUUUAUUUUCGUUUUACAGUAGUCUCCUGAAUCAUUAGAAUCUUUUAUGGCGAUUCUGUGUGUUGAAUUAGAGAUGGUCAGAUUAUUACUUGCCAAUUGCGAUUUGUCCGGUGUUAUAGUACUUGCAAAUGCUCUGUUGAAAAGACUAAUUCACUUGAACAGAGCAUUCUGGUUUUAUAUGGCAUUACAUUUUUCCACACUGGCUACUUGAUUGAACUGGUUAAUAUAUUACUUAUGAAGUUAUCAUAUUGCAGAAGUAGUGUUUUCAAGCAUCUCAGCACUCAAAAUGCUACACAGUCUACGUUUUAAUCAACUUUGCUUGGUAUUAUUAAAUUUGCUAAUUUUUGUAGCACUAUCUUUGGUUUGUAGCCAGCGCAACCAGUGGUUAAAUAUGUCAUCAGGUGGAAAAGCAAAGAAGGGAAAGAAGAUGAGCCGUAUAGAAAUAAUUCCAGAGAAUGCAGAAUAUGAGGACAUGGAGGAGCAACUACGAAGCAUUGGAGAUGAAACUCCUUCAGAUGACACUGGUGAACAGGAAGAGAACUCCACCAGACAAGAAAAGGACUCCACUAGGAAGAGAAAAAGAUCUAAUAAAUCUGUGAUUCCAGAUGCAUCGUCCAAAGAGCAGUCUAAGGAGCAAUUUGAGCAGACCGAAGCUACUGUCAAUCCAUAUGCUAAAAAGGAAAGAAACAAGAGGUCUGAAUCGUGGAAAUAUUUGGUUCAAUACACAGAAAAUGGUGAAAAAUGGGCAAGGUGUACAAUUUGUCAGUUUCCGAUAAAGAGGGACAAGACUUGUUCAACUACACAGCUAAACAGGCAUGUGAACAAAUGCAAGCUGGCACACGGACUUACAAAACAGACUCAACUACAGUUCAAAAAGGAUGGUAAUAUAAUACAUCUGAGGUAACACUUGAAUCUUUCAUAUAUGAUCAUGCUGAAAUGAGGAAGACUGUAGCUCAUUAUAUAUUGAUAAAUGAAUCGCCAUUCUUGCACGUAGAGAGUUUUAUGUUUAAUGAGGUUAUGAGGAAAGCUACUCCAUUAUGGCAGAAAAUAAGUAGGGCUACUGUUAAAGCUGAUCGUGUGCUACCUAUGAAAUUGAGAAUAAAAAGCUGAAAGAGGUCUUCAAAUCUGUUAAGAAAAUUAAUAUAACAACGGAUAUGUGGACUUCAUUAAACCAGAAGAUAGGUUACAUGGUCGUUACAUCACAUUGGAUUGAUUCUGAGUGGAGAUUGAAUAUGAGAGUACUAAAUUUUUGUAAUGUCCCUCCACCUCAUUCUGGUUAUGUGAUUGCUGAUGCUUUAAGUAGGUGUUUAAAUGAGGUGGGGAUCGACGACAAAAUUGGAACAAUUGUUGUUGAUAAUGCUAAGAAUAAUGAUGCUGCUUUAAGAAGUUUAAAAGAUAUUUUCACUAUUAGAAACCCAUUGCCUGUUGGAGGAAAAUUAUUCCAUGCAAGAUGCUGCGCACAUAUAUUGAAUUUAUGUGUCCAAGAUGGAUUGAAACCAAUUGAGUUCAUUGUUGAUAGAAUUAGAGACGGGGUGAAGUAUGUGGCUGCUUCAGAAGGUCGUAGGAUUAAAUUUGCAGAGAUAUCACAACAACUACAUUUGAAAACUAAAAAGUUAAUAUUAGAUGUUUCAACUCGUUGGAAUUCAACAUUUAAUAUGUUACAAUGUGCUUCUGAGUUUAAGCAAGUCUUUUCAAGGUAUGGUGCAUCUGAUUUGGGAUUCAGAUGUUAUGUACCAGAUGAGGAGGAUUGGGAAAAGGUAAAUUGGGUUUGUUCUAUUUUGGGAGCAUUUAAUGAAGUUACUAAAAUUGUUUCUGGGACUCAUUAUCCAACUUCAAAUCUGUUCCUAUCAGAAUUAAAAUUGGUCAAGCACAUUUUAGACAAAAAGGCAUUUGACCCUAACUUACACAUUAGGGAGAUGACAGAAGCAAUGAAAGAAAAAUUUGAUAAAUAUUGGGGAGAGAGUAACCUGGUUAUGUCUAUUGGUGCUGUGUUAGAUCCAAGGUUUAAAAUGAAGCUUCCGACGUUUUGCUUUCCGACUCUUUAUCCAAAAGAGGGUGAAUCUGAGAGAAAUCUUACAUAUCUAUCAAAUGUUCUGAAUGAUCUUUACCAUGAAUAUGUCAAGGAAGAUAAAGCUGGCAAGAAAAAGGAAAUUGGUGAAUCAAGUGAUGUAACUUCAGCUGAUAAUGAAUUUAAUCAAAAUUCAAGUGAGGUUCCACAAGGUUUAAAUGACUAUGAGAUCUUUAUUCAUGCUAGUGGUGCCAUUCAGGAGCCUUUGAAGUCAGAAUUAGAUGAUUAUUUGGGUGAAUUUUUUUUUUUUCUGGCUCAAAAAAUUUUGAUGUGUUGUCAUGGUGGAAGGCGAAUAGUGCCAAAUAUCCUGUUUUAUCUCAUAUGGCACGAGAUAUUUUGAGUAUUCCAAUGAGUACAGUAGCCUCUGAAUCCACUUUCAGUGCUGGUAGUAGAGUUAUAGAGCCGCACUGUUCUUGUAUAAAGCCUGAGACAGUGGAAAUGUUGUUGUGUGGGGCUGAUUGGGCACGUGAGCUAUAUGGUUUGAAAAGAACAAUGCAAGGAAAUCAGGAUAUGCUUGAGGAUAUCGAGAUUGAUUUGAGUAUUUGACUUCAUGACAAAAAAGUUUACUCACUACUAGCUAACUUAAGAUAUAUAUAUCAUGUAAGUGAUUGCAAUUAAGAUCAUCGAUUAAGUCUAUCUUCAAUUUUAGUCCAUUCUUCUUCUUUAUUUAUUGUACAUAAUUUUUUUUCUCUUUAUUUAUCGUAAUGCAGAUAGCCAGGUAUUUGUAUGCCAUAUGUA